AUUGGAAAGCAGUGUAUCGACAGUCGACGAUAUAUAAAUGACUGUGCCGCGACUUUAAACAACAGUUGAAAAUCGCAUUUUUGUCUUGAGUAUCACUCGAUUCAAUAUGAGAAAGUUUACGGUUUCGUUCGUGUGUUUCCUAUUGGCUGGCCUGGUGGUCCUCCAACAUUGCACCGAGGCAACUGACGAGAAAGCUUAUGAUGAGGAAUCAUACGGUGGUGUAGGAUACCAAGCUGAAGAAUAUGGAGGAUACCAAGCUGAAGAAUACGGAGAAGGAAAAGGCCACCACAAAGGGCAUCAUAAAGGCCAUCACAAGGGCCAUCACAAGGGCCAUCACAAGGGCCAUCACAAAGGCCACCAUAAAGGCCAUCAUCAUCACGACGGAGGAGAGUACGGUGGUGGAGGAUACGGGGGCGGAGAAUACGGAGGUGAAAAAGGACAUCACAAAGGCCACCAUCAUAAAGGACACCAUAAAGGGCAUCACAAGGGCCACCAUAAAGGCCACCAUAAAGGCCAUCAUAAAGGCCACCAUAAGGGCCAUCAUCAUCACGGAGGGGGAGAAUACGGCGGAGGAGAAUACGGCGGAGGAAGUUACGUUUAUGCAGCAGCUGGCGGUUACUCAUCUCAUCCGCAUCCAGUGGCCUCCUAUUCUCCACAGGUAGAAAGUAAUUACGGAGGACCAACAAGUUACGACGCCUAUUCAUCAGAACCUGUUCUUCCUGCUUAUGGGCCUGGCGAUUCUUCCCUGACCGCCGAUUAUUAUUACAAUUAAUUAAAUACUAUACCAGAUUACCACUUGAAGUGGCUACAAAUUUUAUAUCCCCUCACAAACAGACUUUUUUCUUUGGCCAUCCUCACAAUUGUAUGAUAAAAUGUAUCAGAGAAUUAUAUAGAUGACACUAAUCAUUA